CUGUUGGGAUCAAGCAAGCUGUGGAGUUAGAGAACCUAAUCGUAGUUAACCUAUUUGUUAAAGCUGUUUAAAUAAAUCAUUCUUCUAACUACCUUCAACCUGAACAGUCGCCUGUUUCCACAACUCUAACAGGUUAUGGGCCUGCACCUGUAACCAGGCGACGAAACAAACAUCAAGAAGUUUUUUCACGAAGAAAAUUUUCAAGACCCCACUGAAGAUGGACCGGAUUGGAGUGGUGAAGCUAAACGGAACCAACUACUGCAGCUGGAAGCGGAAGGUGGAGUUCCUGCUCAUCCGGGACGACCUGUGGCGGUACGUAGUCGGAACGAAGCCGGUUCCACGGCGAGCGGCUGUCGGUUCCGGAUCGGAUGUUGCUGCUGGCGCGGACCAAGUCGUGCUCAACGCGGCGGAGAUUGAAGCUUGGGACAACGGCGACCAGAGGGCGCGGGCCACGAUCGGGCUGCUGAUGGAGGACUCCCAGUUGCCUCUCAUCAAGAAUGCGACGACGGCCAAGCUCUGCUGGAACGCCCUGAAGGACCACUUUGAGACGGUCACCCUGACGUCUAAGGUGGCUCUGCUGAAGCGAUUGUGCGGGAUGCAGUACUCUGAAGGAGAGGACAUCCAGCAGCAUGUCCAGCAGAUGGAAGAAAUUUUCGAGAGGCUGGCGAUGGCCGGUCAAGAGUUGGACGAGGACCUGUGUGUGGCCAUGAUCCUGCGGAGUCUGCCAAGCUCGUUCAACACGCUUACGACGGCUUUGGAGGCGAGAUCCGACGAGGAAUUGACUCUGGAGCUGGUCAAGAUGAAACUGGUGGACGAGGUGGCCAAAAGUGGAACUCGCGGAGCCGGCGAAUCUGUCCUCAAGGUUGACCACCAGAAGCGCAAGAAGGUGUUGAUCUGCUACUUCUGCAAGAAGCCGGGCCACAAGGAGAAGUUUUGUCGGGCGAAAAACGGUGAGUCGAGUCAGUUGGAGGCCGAGCCGGACCUGCCCCAAGCGAAGACGGUUCACGAGGACGCCAAGGAGAAUUUUUCGUUCUUGACGCUGGACCAGAAGAGCGGCCGUGACGUGUGGAUCAUCGACUCGGGGGCUACGUCCCACAUGUGCGUCAAUCCUGAUUGUUUCGUGUCGAUGGAUCGGAGCGUGAAGCAGGACGUUUACCUUGCGGACGGCAAGAAGACGACCUCGGAGGGUGUUGGCUCAUGUAAGUUGAUCUGGGAGUCUCCGGAGGGCAAACGAAACGACGUUGUCCUGUCCGAUGUGAUGUACGUGCCCAAGUUCGAGACCAGCAUCAUCUCUGUGAAGAAGCUGACUGCCUGCGGGGCCAAGGUCGACUUCGAUGCGAGUGGAUGCCGGAUUCUCAAGAACAACAAGGUGAUUGGAUCCGCGGCGAUGGCCGGCGGACUCUACAAGAUGCGGCCGGUUCGUGAAGCGCUGUGGCGAAAUGGAGUCUCGGAGCGCAAGUGUCGCUCGGCUCGUUCCAUCGAUCCGGAGACGCACGAGUUGACCAUCAGCCGACAUUGUCAUUUUAUGACACAUCAGGAGGUUCGGGAAACCGAACCUUCGCAGGGAAGUAUCGUUCUUUAUCCAUUUUCUGAAGUCUUCCCGAAAGAAUGUGUGGCUGAUGACGUGCCCGUUGUUCUAGUGCCCGAUGACGAACACGACGGCGGUGAGGAUCCUGCCGGAGCGAUCUACGAUGGCGAGGAGAACGCUGAUGACCCGAUCGAGGCAGACUCCAGCGAUUUCGAGGCGGAGGUUUCCGGCGACGGACGGAAUGAUACGGACGACGUUGAUGACGCGUUGUCGCCCGAAGACGUCGAGAUCCGGACUGCAGAAAGACAGGAGGAGCUGCAAGAUGGGCGGAGUGUUUGUCGUACGACUCAAGGUGUCCUGCGAUGUCUGGACCUGGUUGACCCUUUCCAGGAGCACUGGGAGCCCCGUACGUUUGCUGAUGUGAUGGAGUGCUCGGACCGCGAGAAGUGGUUGCGCGCUUUGAAGGAGGAGAUCCAGUUCCUUCACGAGAACUCGGCCAGUUUUGAGACCGGCGCGAUGCUACCGGGCGAUGUGUACUUUCUCGAGAAAUGCUGUUACGGGCUGGAGCAGGCGGGACGCGUCUGGAACCAGCAGAUUUCUGACGUGCUGCGAAACUUGGAGUACCAGCCGUCAGAAGCGGACCCCUGUUUGUUCGUGAGGAAGAAAGCCGACAAUAGAUCGUUCGAUGGUUCGCAGAACGGACGGUUCUGGCUGGACCAAAACGCGUACAUCCGUUGCCCGAAACGCCAGCAAAAGGAGGAGGAAUCGCCGCCCUGGAAGGACGACUACCAGAGUCUCGUUAGUGCUUUGCUGUACGUUACGGUUAACACACGGACUGAGAUCGCGAUCAGUGCGUCCACUCUGGGACGCAAGGUAAGCAACCCGAGCCAGACGGGCUGGGCCGAAGCUGAGCAGACGCUGCGGGAUCCAAACGCCACGAACGAGUUGGAGGACCACGACGACGUUCAUCAGGACCAAGUCGAAUACGUGGCGCAGGCGGAGGCCUGCCAGAAGUUGCUGUAGCGGAUGAAGCUAAUGCCAAACGUGGGAGACGACCAGAGCCGGAGCUGAUGGUCGCUGCUUUCGAAGGUCAAGCUGGAGAUGCUGAGAAAGGAAUUGAUGAGUUCCCCAACCAACGCAGCUUGAGGAGGAGUGUUGGGAUCAAGCAAGCUGUGGAGUUAGAGAACCUAAUCGUAGUUAACCUAUUUGUUAAAGCUGUUUAAAUAAAUCAUUCUUCUAACUACCUUCAACCUGAACAGUCGCCUGUUUCCACAAC